UUCAAGGGUUCCCAAAUUUUAAGGUUAUAAGUUUUCAAAACUGGCACGGUAAAGGCUGGGUAUGCUGCGCAAUACGGAUCUUAUUGUGAUCCACUAGCCUCUGCCCAGCAACUCCUAUCCCUACCUCCUCGUGGUACCGGCCGGAAACUACGAGCAACUUUAGGGAAGAUCGGGUAACCAACCUCGGUGGGAAUUUUGGUCGUAGGCUGACAGGGAAGGGUGGUUUGAUCUGCAAACCUAAGCGUCUGUUCUCCAGGAGCAGCGGUUCACAACAGCGUCUGAUCCCCAUGUCAGGGGCGACUGAUCAACGUCCGAAUAGGGGGUUGGUGUCAGACCCUACGAGCCAGCCGUAAAAACUCAUUGUAACGGAAAAUCAGCAACAGAAUAAUACGAACCGAGACCAACGGCAACGACCCCAGCGGACAAAAAAGACUUGCGAUUGGAAACUCGAUACGUGGAACUGUCGAUCUCUCAACUUCAUUGGGAGCCCCCGCAUACUCGCCGAUCUACUGAAGAACUGCGGGUUCGGCAUCGUAGCGCUGCAGGAGGUGUGUUGGAAAGGAUCCAUGGUGGGAACGUUUAGAGGUAAUCAUACCAUCUACCAGAGCUGUGGCAACACACGCGAGCUGGGAACAGCUUUCAUCGUGAUGGGUGAUAUGCAAAGUCGCGUGAUCGGUUGGAGGCCGAUCGACGAAAGAAUGUGCAGGUUGAGGAUCAAGGGCCGAUUCUUCAACUUCAGCAUAAUAAACGUGCACAGCCCACACUCCGGAAGCACUGAUGAUAACAAGGACGCAUUUUACGCGAAGCUCGAACGCGAGUACUUCGGCUGCCCAAGCCACGACGUCAAGGUCAUCAUAGGAGAUUUAAACGCUCAGGUAGGCCAGGGGGAGGAAUUCAGACCGACGAUUGGAAAGUUCAGAACCCAUCGGCAUACGACUCAUUGAUUUCGCCGCCUCCAAAAACAUGGCCAUACGUAGCACCUUUCUCCAACACAGCCUCCCUUAUCGUUACACCUGGAGAUCACCACAGCAGACGGAAUCUCAAAUCGACCACGUUCUGAUUGACGGACGGCACUUCUCCGACAUUAUCGACGUCAGUACCAAUCGUGCCGCUAACAUCGACUCCGACCACUAUCUGCACGCAUAAAAAUCCGUUCCAGAAAUCGUCAACAAUCAGUCACGAUUUCUGGAACAAGUGAGAUUUUCGUUUACGAUUAUACACCAUGAAUCGAAAUCACAAUAACGUGAACAGUGCACACGUAACGCCUGCAACCUGCGAUUCCUUUCACAAAAAUGGGAACCUAGUUCAUGACAAGACGGAUCACGGAAACAGGAACCGAAAUCACGGCACCUGGAAAUUAGUUCAUGGUCUGCAAAAUCAUUCUGCAGAGAGGAACAGAGAUCGCAAAAACGUGAAAUUCGAUCUGGGCAAGGCAACGGGUUCUCGGCUUCGGUCUUAUUUUGAUAGGCAAUCACGGGAACCAAAAUCUCAGUAAUUUUUGUUAUGAUUUCACUUUUCUCACGGUUUUUCAAUGAUAAUGUUGACCGCUUCAGUUAAAGAAUAACACCAUCCGGGACAUGAAGAAACAGCAGCGAUGCACCGCGGAGAUCCUGUUGUGCAUCUACUUUACAUAUGUACGCUGUGUGCUUGCUCGUUGGUUUCUGGAGAAGUUAUCUGCUUCGGAACAGCUAAAUAACACUUUUUAACACGCCACUUAGGGGUGAUACACAAAUUAUGUCACGCAAAAAUCGACCUUUUUCAACCCCCUCUCCCCCUUAUGUCAAACUUUUUGUAUGGGACCUCAAAUUUUUUUGUAUGGGUUGUCACGUUUUGCAAAACAAUCUAACAAUCUAAUGCGAUUGGUUUUUGCAAAACAGGGACAUUUAUAACCAAAACAAAGAUCGAGCACUAAAAAUUCAAGGCACUUGUAUUGACUACCGCGAGCGCGAGCGUUAUCAAUAAUGACAGAGCGCGUGAAUGAAACUCCCAUUUUUGGGAACAAAAUCCGGAAUUCAAUUUCUUGGUUUCUCGAAAUCGUGAUUUGAGAUCUUGUUUUUGGUUGCGUUACUAAAUGGGCUACAAGACUGAGAAGGCGUAAACUGUGUUCCUUAUUUUAAGAUAAGUUUUCGCGAAUGCUGGUUACUGGAGUCACGUUUCCGGGAACUUUAUCACGAUUGUGAUCAACCUACCCGUUCCGUUAUUCGUGAUUUUCUGUUCAGGGAUAUGGAAACGGAUUUUUUAGCGUGUGGUGAUGGUCAAACUGCGCCCAAAACUUUCCGUCAUCAACAAUGUACGGUACCGGCGACCGGCACAGUGCAACCUAGAGAGACUAAAACAACCGGAUGUUGCCUCAGCAUACUCGCAGAAUCUAGAGACCGCAUUGCCAGACGAGGGCGAGCUCGAUGAGGCCCCUCUAGAGGACUGCUGGAGUACAGUGAAAGCAGUCAUCAACGACGCAGCCGAGAGCACCAUCGGGUACGUGGAACGGAAUCGACGGAACGAAUGGUCCGACGAAGAGUUCAGAACGGUUUUGGAGGAGAAGAACGCAGCGCGGGUGGUAAUGCUGCAGCAAGGUACCCGACAGAACGUGGAACGUUACAAACAGAAGCGGAAACAGCAGACCCGCCUCUCCCGGGAGAAAAAGCGCCGCCUAGAAGAAGCCCGCAAAGGCUGCGUACCGCAAGCCGCAGACGGACGCACAUGAAAGUUAAGGAUGCCAUCCACCAGCUCAAAAACAACAAAGCGGCUGGUAAGGACGGAGUGGAUGGAAAAGAUAAUCUGUCCCAUCCACAAGAAAGGCGACAAGUUAAUGUGUAAGAACUUCCGAGCGAUCACCAUAUCGAAUGCCGCCUACAAAGUGCUAUCCCAGAUCAUCUUCCGUCGUUUUUAACCUAAAGUAAAUAAGUUCGUGGGAAGUUACCAAGCCGGUUUCACCAACGGCCGGACGACAACG